AUGGAGGGUUGUGCCUGUAUCGAGCAGUUCCGGCAAACCGACGGGCUCCUCAUCAAGUACCAGUACAUCUCGGACUUCUUCAUAGCCCUUGCUUACUUCUCCAUCCCACUCGAGCUGAUCUACUUCGCCAAGAAGUCGUCAUCCUUCCCCUACAGAUGGGUGCUCAUCCAGUUCAGUGCCUUCAUAGUCCUCUGCGGGGCCACCCACUUCAUAAACCUCUGGACCUUCACCAAACACACCAGGACCGACAUCGUCAUGACGGUAACCAAGAUCACCACGGCUGUCGUGUCCUGCGCGACCGCCCUCACGCUCAUCCAUAUCGUACCUGAUUUGUUGGGCGUCAAGACGAGGGAGUUGUUCCUCAAGCAGAAGGCUGAUGAGCUCGACAGGGAGAUGGGUCUCGUACGAACGCAGGAGGAGACAGGGAGGCAUGUCAGGAUGCUCAUCCAUGAGAUCAGGAGCACGCUUGACAGGCACACCAUCCUCAAGACUACUCUGGUUGAGCUCGGGAGGACGUUGGGUCUGGAGGAAUGUGCUUUCUGGAUGCCGUCGAGGAGCGGUUCGAGCCUUGAGCUAACUCAUACCAUGCACCACCACAUCCCCGUGGGCUCUUCUUUGGAGAUUAAUCUCCCUGUUGUCAACCAAGUCUUCAGUACCAACCGGGCGAUCAUAGUGCCACAUACUUCUCCUUUGGCGAGGAUCCACCCUGUUCAAGGGCGGCAUGUCCCACCCGAGGUGGCUGCUGUGAGAGUCCCGCUGCUGCAUCUUUCAAACUUUCAUCCCGAGCUUUUGGCGAAAAGCUACGCAAUUAUGGUUUUGAUGCUCCCAUCUGAUAGUGCAAGGAAAUGGCUUGCUCAUGAACUCCAGCUCAUUGAGGUCGUCGCCAAUCAGGUAGCUGUUGCCCUCUCUCAUGCGGCAAUUCUUGAAGAAUCAAUGCGUGCACGUGAUCUACUGACGGAGCAAAAUGUCACCCUAGAUUUAGCUCUGCGAGAGGCUGAAAUGGCAAUGCAUGCUCGCAAUGUCAACAAGGUGGGGGUUGAACUCAUGCAGCCUGAGGACGCAGACAACGUCGCUACCAUCAACUCAUCUGCUUCUGCAGCCAAGGUGCACAACGCCGAGCCAUGA